AUGCGGCUAUCUGGUACACAUCACACGCCUCAGCCCUUCGUUCUAACAGCGAAGUCGCGCCUCAUCGACGUGCAGCUCUUGGGCUUCUCAACUAUCGCUGCAAUCACAGAUGCGACACUGGCCACUGUGCGCGUCGAUGAGGAACAGACCCCCAACUUUAUCUCACAUGCUCAUACAUCUCUUCCGAUUAUAUUGCCUAGGACACAACCGUCGUGGACACCACGAGUUCGGGAAGCACAACUUAACGUUGGAUGA